AAGCUGGCUUCUCCCUGCCCCCAACCAGGCAUACACUAGCCUACUCACUCCUCUGCCUCAGGGAAGCGUGUGGCUGGUGAUGGCCAGAUCUGACUGGAUGCUGAUGAGGCAGAGGUCACCUGUGGGCCCUGCAGUAACCUUGCCAGCAGGGAGGGCUGAAAACUCAGAGAGCUGAAGGGUGGAUGAGGGGUGCGUGCACGUGCCUGCCUGCGCGCGCGCCUUGCGGGGAGGUUCUGUGCCAGGAAGGAGGGCUUGGCCUGAGGGCUCCAUGCUGGAUUUUGAGUCCCCCAACAAAGAACAGGACAUACGGGGAGCAGUGGAAGGAGUUCCCUCAGGUGAUAGGCUCAGAGUUGGCUCUGGGAAGUGCAUCGGAGGUGGUUAGACACCUGUUACAGAUUUUGGCUGGAGACUGGCUAUAAGGACAAAGUUAGGUAGCUUGGAUACGGCUGUGGCAGAGGAUAGGAAGGAGGGCUGAGUUACUGGAGGGGGAGGUGGGGCACAUCAUGAGUGAGGGCACCCUUUGGGUGUCACACUGAGGAGUGUGGCUGAACACACCCCUAAGCUGGGGCUUCAGUCCCUUGCCUGACCACUCUGUCCAGGGACACUCUGGCCGCCUCCUGCAGACACUGCCCAGCCUCAGUCCUCUUGCUCUUCCUUUCCUAGCCAUUCCUCGGGGGUCACAUGUGUGUCCCCACACACUGUUGACCUCCUUCAGAGUGUCCAAGUCUAAUCCCAUACAUGUGAUCUCCUCCAGCUACUCCCUUGGCUCAGAUGCUCAUCCCUCGGGGUUUCCAGCCCUGAGUCCCAGGGUCCUCACUGUGAUCUUUCCUGCUCAGGUGGUCAUCUGCAAUAAUUCCCUAGUGUAAACCCCACGGUGGUGGCAGACUGUGGGCCCCCGUGAGUAGAGAGGCUAAGGCUCACCGAUGUCAUCAGGCCUCUCCAUGACUGAAGCAAACCAAAGUGAGUGGUAGACAGCUGUGUUCUCAGAGGACAGCACCACACCACCAAUGACCCCUGGACUGGGCACCGGGGGUCAGGCAUGGCCUGUGCUGGUAGGGGUUGUGCUGGGGGCGGUGGUCCUCUCCAUACUCAUUGCCCUGGCUGCCAAGUGCCACCUCUGCCACCGGUACCGUGCCAGCUAUCGGCACCGCCCACUGUCUGGAACUGGGGGUGGGAACCGCCCACAGGUGGGUGAAGAUGAAGAUGAUGAUGGCUUCAUCGAGGACAAUUACAUUCAGCCUGGAGCUGGUCAGAUGGAGACAGCAGGCAGCCGGGACCACUUCUCUCUGUGAGCCCCAUCUUUGGACACUCCCCACUUCCCUCCAUGCCUGGCACUUUACAGACAGCGAUGCCUCAAGUGUCAGGGCCAGAUAUGGCUAAUACUUAAAGUUUGACCAGAGGUCUGUUUUUUUGACACUAGUCGCCAAAGGGACAAUUCUGUUUCUCAGUUUCUCUCCCUGGCUCCCCGCUGUCCCAGGGUAAACCCUGAUGGUGCAUGGAUGUGGGGAAGGCCCCUGUGAGCAGGGCUCUGGACCUCCUUUCCUUGCCUCCCUCCUCCCUACUUCACUAAGUUUUUACCAGAGCUGCUUUGUCCUUCCUCAUGAUGACGGCCUUUACACACAAGUCCCAGGAUUUCACACAUGUCCCAGCAGUAGAAGACUGCCAAAUUUCUUUACUGAAAUUUUUUUCUUAUCAAAAUGAAGUAUGUAACUUGGUUAUAAUAUAUCAUGUUUUUCACAGGAAUUAAUAAAUCUAUUUUCAUUUUGGAUUAA